CGAAAACCCCCCAAAGUGUGUGCCUAAACCCUUUCACAGUUGGAAAUUUUGCUUUGACGAACGAACCCAAGCCCUAGCGUGGAGCAACCAUCAACCUCCUGUUGCUCCUAUUUCUUUCUUACUCUCAGUCCUCUACGCCAUUCAGCCGGUAAGGCAACUGCGCCGCUUUCCUUUUCUCCGGCCACCAAUUCGCGUCAAAAUGGAAAGCCAUUUACUCUAGAAUCGAGAAAUGUUGUUCCAUAGAGAAGUUGAUGUGUUGGAAUUCUUGGCGAUCAUCUAGACACGAAUAAAAACAAAUGGGACGAAGUGUUUCAGAUGACUCAGAAUCCCUAGGUAGGGUGAGGCGAUCUUCUCCUAGAAGGAGUCCUUCCCGCAGAGGAAGAUCACCUACUCGGCACAAGAGCUCCCAUAAUGGCAGUUCUCCAGCAAGAGACAAGCAUUCUAGUCGCGCUAGAUCUCCAAAGCAUGGGAGGUCAAGUUCUCCACGAACUCGCUCUCCUUCUCCAAGGACCAAACGAUUGAGGAGAGCUGCCGAAAAAGCUCCGGAGAAAUCAAGUGAUAGAGAUCAUGAAAGGAACCGUGGCAGGGGUAGUGAUAAAGAAGCUCAUCAGGAAAGAGUCUCUGAUAGGGAAUUAGGGGGAGAGAGAAAGGAGAGGAGUUCUAGACAGGAGGCUAAGGAUGGAAAAUCUUCCAGGUCAAGACAUGGGAAUUCUUCUUCUCCAUCAGAACGCCACCAAAGGAACCGCCAUAGGUCCCCAUCGCCCCAGCCUGAUGCCAAAAAUCAUGAUGAGGGGAGAAAUUCAAGAAGACCUGAAAGCCGGAGUGAUGACGAUGAUUCAGUGGCAAAGAUGAAGGCUGCCGAGCAAGCUUUAGAAGCUAAGCAGAAGGACAAACCUUCCUUUGAGCUAUCUGGAAAGCUUGCAGCAGAAACUAAUAGAGUUAGAGGUAUUACGUUGCUGUUUAAUGAACCUCCAGAUGCUAGAAAACCUGAUGUAAGAUGGCGGCUUUAUGUUUUUAAGGCUGGAGAAGUGCUGAAUGAGCCUCUUUAUAUACAUCGUCAAAGCUGUUACCUUUUUGGGAGAGAAAGAAGAGUGGCAGACAUUCCCACCGAUCAUCCAUCUUGCAGCAAGCAACAUGCUGUCAUCCAGUUUAGGCAAGUAGAAAAGGAGCAAUCUGAUGGUACAUUGUCAAAGCAUGUAAGGCCUUAUUUGAUGGAUCUAGGAAGCACAAAUAAGACUUAUAUCAACGAUGCUGCAAUUGAACCUCAACGUUACUAUGAACUUUUUGAAAAAGACACUGUAAGAUUCGGCAAUAGUAGUCGAGAAUAUGUUCUAUUGCAUGAGAAGUCAGCUGGAUGAUAAGCCUCAAAUUUAAUUUAGUGUCUGUCAAUUCAUCCAGUGGGGAAUAUGUUUCGUUUUCACUGAGGCUGCAGAGAUGUUCCCAUCAUCGGGAUGUUGCGGGUAAUUGGCAAACCAUUCUAGAUUUGUCUUUGUAAUCAGUACCUUUAAAGAAAGUAUUUUUAUGCUAUGUCCUAUUUGAUUCGCAAUAGCUAUCAGUUCAAGCAAGAGAGUCCUCUUUGUUAAAUGGCCGAAUUAGCCACACCCAUAGAAAAUAGAAGGGAUCACAAUCCCACAUUCGGCUGAAUUGAGAAGUGUGCAUUUCCAAGUCCAUUAAUAGUAAAAUUUUGAUAUCUCUUAACAUGCUUCUGAUAGGUAUAUACCAAUAAGCCGCACUUCUUUGACAGCGACUUUCAGGCUUUCAAUAAUCAUUUAUUUAAUCUAUAUUUGCAA